AGUAAUGCCACUAUCGUGAUAGUAUUGAUCCAAGAUAUCAGUGGGGCGGCAACUUCCUAUCGGAGGUGGCUCUCGAGAUAUUCUUUUGGAUAGGAUCACAUUGUUACUUCGCUGUCCGUUCGAGCGAAUACUUCCCUGACCUUCAAUCAGGGUUCCCCUCCACUUCAGCGAGAUCAGUAAACAUUUGGACGGCUUAAAGGUUGCCGAGUGACUCACUCUUCCAUCCGUGUCUCCACCCGAUCAUUAUCUACUCAAGUUCAGCAGCAUAUAAACCCAUCAUUGCAACCUAGUACUUGGCAUCAUACAUGAUCCACCAUGUCUUUCAAAGUCAGGUCUACAUUUACAUCUCGCGAUACCAUCACGUAUCUUUGGCAGGGUCUCCAUCUUCCCCCAGACACCCUUGACUCUCUCUCUAUCAGCGAACCUCCCAAUCCCGGCUUUCCCUCCUCCUUCAAAAUCGGCCAUAUCGCCCAAGCCUCAAUUGCCCUCUCUGCUCUGCUGGCAUCUCAAAUCCAUAGCCUCAGGAAUAACAUCGCCCCUCCCAAAGUUACCGUCCCCUAUGAUCAUGCCUGUAUUGAGUUCAACUCCGCACGCCUGUACACUCUGAACGGCCAGCCUCCCUCUUCAGAUUGGGGGCUCAUUGGCGGUCUUUAUCGAUCAUCUGACGGCUACGUCCGCGUUCACGAUUCGUUCCCCAACCACCGUGAGGGGACAAAAUCCCUUCUUGGCUGCUCUCCAACCGCAACUAGAGACGAUGUAGCUUCCAAGAUCUCGGCAUGGCGCUCCGUGGACCUCGAAACCACUGCCGUUGAUGCCAAGCUGGCCAUUACUGCUCUCCGCAGUUACGAACAAUGGGAUGUGUUGCCGCAAGCCAAAGCCAUCGCAGACUUUCCCAUCCUGCUUCGCAAAAUCGGCGACGCCCCGGCUGGUCUUCCCGCCCGGAUCGGCCCACAUGCCGAUAAAUGCCUGCGGGGGCUCCGUGUUCUUGAACUAUCGCGGGUCAUUGCGGCCCCGUUGUGUGGGAAGACACUGGCCGCACACGGAGCCGAUGUGCUUUGGGUGACAAGUCCUCAUCUACCCGACCUGCCAGGACUCGAUCGGGAAUUCGGCCGCGGAAAGAGAACCGUCCAUUUCGAUCUACAAGACGAGCAAGACACAGAGGAGUUCUUCGCUUUGCUCGACAAUACAGAUGUCUUCAUCCAGGGGUAUAGACCGGGCAGUCUAGCUGCCCGUGGACUCUCGCCAGAGUCGAUCAUGAAUAGACGUCCCAAUCGUGGUAUCAUCUACGCAAACAUGUCUGCAUACGGCCCCGAUGGCCCCUGGUCAGCGCGUCGAGGCUUUGACUCCCUGGUUCAAACCUGUUCCGGCAUGAACGUUUCGGAGGCCGAGCACUUCGGUGCUGGGGAAGCCGCACGUCCACUUCCCUGUCAGGCGCUCGAUCAUGCCGGUGGCUUCUUCCUCGCGUCCGGGAUCAUGGCCGCGCUGUACAAGCAAGCAACGGAAGGGGGAUCCUGGCAGGUGGAUGUCUCGCUAGCAGGGGUGAUGAAAUACCUGCGCUCGUUAGGCCAAUACGAAGGGAAAACAGGGUUUCAAGGGUCACCAGAUUAUACUCGCCCCCAAAAUGUUCCGACCGAGUAUUUCGAGACCCGGAGCACGGGGUUUGGGGAAAUGACCGCCAUUCGUCACGCUGCGAACAUUGAAGGGGUUGAGAUCGGCUGCGAAGUUAUGCCCAAACCACUCGGCUCUGACGAAAAGCGGUGGCUGGAGCCAUUGCAAUAAUGGAAUGCCUUCUAGGAUAUUUUCUACCCCGCAUCACCGAGAAUGCAGAAAGUGACGACACAAAGGAAAAGCACUGUUUCCGUGGCGUGUGCAUCCAAACAAAGUAAUCAUGCUACCCAAUAGUACUCCACCACGACAGCCUAGUUCCCAAGGCUGAGGCCCAGGCCAGCUGCACGGCUGACAGAAAUGGGUCAAGUUUGCUUUGGCUCCCUGCAGAAGCGGCCACUGCCCUGUGAUCCGGUCACGCCCGAGGCCGAAUAGACGCUCCGUAGGAAAAAGAAAUGGAUGGAUACACAACCAUUGGCAAAGGUUAAAUAGCACAAUGGCUCCCAGGGCUAUUCGAGGGAUUCUGUGCAACUGACGCCGGAUUUCACACCCAAUAUAUUCAGCAA